AUGCUCCCCUGCCCUGCAACCUCCACUCCCUUCUCAGUCAAGGACAUCUUGAGGCUGGAUCAUUCACAACAUCCUGGAGGCCAAGUGGAGGCCCCUUCAUUGAGGACAGAACCACCAGAGGUCCCACCAACUAAUGACAGAGGAGGGGACAGUGAGGACCUGGGGCUCCCCUGUGACUCCCCAAUGAGAGAGGAUGAGACCCAGGAGCAAAGUCCCAGGAGGUUGGUGUCCAGGAGAGGAGAGCACCCAGAGCGGCCCCUGCAGAUUCAGAGGAGGAAACCCCGUGUCCUGUUCUCCCAGGUUCAGGUGUAUGAGCUGGAGAGGAGGUUCAAGCAGCAGAAGUAUCUGUCUGCCCCAGAGAGGGAGCAGCUGGCAUCAGUGCUGAAACUUACCUCUACCCAGGUGAAGAUCUGGUUCCAGAACAGGAGAUAUAAGUGUAAGAGGCAGAAACAGGACCAGUCCCUGGAGAUGGCAGGACACCCUCUUCCUCCACGCAGGGUGGCAGUGCCAGUUCUGGUCAGGGAUGGUAAACCCUGUCUGGGAGGAGUCCAGACUUUCCAUUCCAGUUACAAUGCCAGCUCCUAUCCUUACCCAGUCUGCUUUAGUGGCUACACUGGGAAUCCCUACUACUCAGGAUCAGUGGCAGCCAGGGGCAGUCCAUCAGUGCAGAUGGUUAACAUGAACUUGUCAGGAGCCCCUGCUGAGCAGGGACAUCUACAGCCCACACUGCCUGGCAUCAGGGCAUGGUGACUGCCCAUACGUGAUAUCUCUCAGGAAGGGCAAUGGAGCUGUGCCCACCCAUACUAACCUCAGGACACCAGGAUACAUUCACUGGAAACCGCCAAUGCCAAUGA